GCUAAACCGUGAGCUAAACCCUGAAACACUGACUGCGACAGACCUGGUUCUCGAUUCUUUGAUUUGUUUUUUUUAGAGAUAUAACCUGUUGAUCCCAUGUUUGUCAUGCUACGAUCAGUGGUCAAAUCUGGGCUACCUUCCCAGAUACUGUCCUGUACCAGAGGGGCACGUGUACCCACAAGCCAGAGGUUGUCUGGACAUUCAGUCAUCCCACAGAGCUUCCAUGGACACUUUUCUCUUCGAAUCACUGCGCUGGGCAGGUACUCGGAUUUGUCUGCAAAGAAGUAUACCAUGAUUUACAGACUGCCAUACAUCAAGGUCCUCAGAGGUGUGUCGAGGCUUAAACUCCUCCAGACUGCUGUGACUGUCGUCAUCUUACCGCCAGUGUACUUUCUUUACCUCCAGGGAGAAGUGUCCUCCUUCCUUGUGAGCUAUGCAACAGGAAUCGCAGGUUUCGCUGGUAUAAUGUUGUACACUGCCAGUAACUUAAUUAGGAGAGUCAUCGGAAUGAUGUACUUGGAUCCAUCACAGACGACGCUAAAAGUGUCUCUCCUCACAUUCUGGGGCAAACGACAUGAUGUAUAUCUGCCAGUGUCAGAUAUUAUGACCAUUGCGGAUACGGGGGACAACGUAGGGGAGAAGAUAUUGAAGCUGAAGAGAUACAGCAGUGCAAAGACGUUGUUUUUUUCCACUUACUUUGGCCAUGUGGUGGACAAACAGGGUUUUGAAAAAGUGUUUGGCAGUCAAACUUUAUGAAUAUGUGGUGGGAAAU